AUGUAACGGCGACUGUUUCUGUACUGUGUCCCUGUGUUUCACUCAUACUGUCCAAUCGUGCUCCCUGCUGGAAAUGUUCGGAAUUGCGAGGAACGACACAAUAACAUAAGUUUCACUUUCAAAACGUCACUAAACUAGGGAUAUGAGAGGAGGAAAUGUCUAGAUUACCGGAAGUGGUAUCGGAGACUGUUUGGGUGCACAUCUAAGACUACGAAUACUUCCUGUACCACGAGUAAUCGUGUACCUUCAACGUUUACAGCUAAGUGUUGCCCCGGAACCUGGUCAGUGAUGGACCCCCUGAAUUUCCUGGAAUCUACUGAGUUGCUGCAGUUUCUCCACUAUCACAAAACGGAGCUGUCCUGCAUCGAGAAGCCGCACACUCUCCUCAGUCAGCUCAAGGACCACAACCUGAUUCCCGAGGACAAACAUAAGAAACUGACUAACAUGAGAAGCAAAGACUACAUCAAAAAGUCCCUCUACGAGCUUUUGGAUUGGUUUGAGAGGGAGCAGUCUGAGCACAUCCACCUCUUCUGGAAAUGUCUUUUUAAAGACGUAGUCAUGAACACGUACCCGUCACUGAAAAUGUUGCACCGCAGCCUCAUGGAUGGGUCUUAUGGUUCUGACACACAGAUUCCCCCACCUGUGGGAAAGAAAGAGACGAGUGACAGGAAAAGGAAUGUGUCUUCUGAUGAUGAGGAGGAAGAUGAGGAGGAAGUUAUCUCACCAAAAAAGAAGAAGAAGCAACAAGAAAAUGGCAGCACGUGUGAUAAGAAUGAGCAGCAGCCUGGUCCGUCAUCUCAGUCCACUCCAGGUCAGAAGCGGAGGUCCAACAGAGUCUCCUUCAGUUCACCUCUGAAGAAAGGAGAAAAGAAGGACAUUUCGUCGUGGGCCCUCUUCAAGUCCCAGCUUCACGUGACCUGUGGAUCCCAGAGUGGGAUACUGAGUAGAGAAAGACUGGCAAAAGGGGAAAAGUGUAUCACAGUUGACAGAAAGUGGUUUACUCCCAGUGAAUUUGAGAAGUUUGCCGGAAAGGAGAGGUCGAAGAACUGGAAGACCAGCAUUCUGUACCGUGGGACUCCACUGGCGAAGCUUUUCCAGGAGGGUCACCUAAAAUCACCAAAUUACAGAAGAAGAAAGCGAACACAAUCAAUGGCGGUCAGGAAAUCCUUGUUCCCUGGUUCUACACUGACAGUGUCUGAGACAGAAGAGGAGGAUGAAGAGGAGGAGGAGCAUGAAGAAGAGGAGGAGGAGGAUGAAGAGGAGGGGCAGGAUGAUGAUGAUGACGUGGAAACCCACAGAGGCAAUAAUUCCUGUGGCAACCAAACAAGUUCUGCAGGUGUCUCAGCUAAAGGUGGAGAGAGUGACAAGCAGGUAGAGCAGAGUGCAGAAGGGUGCCAAGUGUUCACAGUCACAUGUGAAGGUUUAACUGGAACAUUACACCAACGGAGAUUUGCCUCAGGCUCGUGUGGUAAGUGUAUUCGUACGGAGAAGACCUGGUUGAGCCCCAUGGAGUUCACGAAGGAGGCGACGUGUCAGACAGACAUCUCCUGGAGGAAAGACAUCAAGUGUGAGGGAGAACCAUUACAUGCACUCAUCGAGAAAGGCAUCCUGAAGAUCCACUCACGUCUCUGCCCGUGCAGGUUGUGCAGCUUAGAUCAAAAAGAUCUGGACAAUCAGAAAAAUGAUGACGAGUGUUGUGUGUGUAGAGAAAGUGGAAAGCUGGUGAUGUGCGAUAACUCUGAUGGUGAUGAAUGUCAGUGUUUCCUCCUGUGUCUGCUCACCGCUGAGGAAAUGCGAGCACCUGCUUUAAACCCCAGCCCUGAUCCACAUCUGGACAGAGACAACCACAUCCGGAAGAGUUUAGACAUUGUAGCAGACAAACUAGAGAAGAAAAAAUACCAAAGGGUUGGAGAUUUUUUAGAUGACAUCAGACUCACUUUCACUAACUCUGCCUCCGAGAAUCAAGAUAAUCCUGAAUUCCUUGCUUGGCUCAAACAACUAAAGGACUUGGUCAACAUAAAAUUUAAGGCUGUUUUUUACAUUAAUGACGAGAGCGUUGACUGUUUUGAACAGAAUUAA